AUGUCAAUUCUAAAAGUUGAAUUGAAUCCGGCAGAACAAUCCCACCCUCAAGCAGACGCCAGAAGUGAGAAGAUGGAAGAGGAUGAAAUAGACCGGUUAAAACUUCCAAGAACACGUCAAGUGGCUAGAGAACGAGAGAUCGACAUUUCAGGCUUGAAUAAUAUCGGUGAAAUUCGCUGCACCUUGAAACGCCAUUUACUGAGGGAUAGAAGAUCGCGUGAUAGUGUAAUACAAGGUCUAUCAUCUGAUGCUGAAAAUGAUAGCAUCCUUCGGAUGAGGCUUGGUGAAAUUUAUUCGUCUACUGUUCAGGCUCUUCACGAUUUAAAACAGAGUGGUGACACACUGUUGGAUCAUCUUGAUCAUUGCUUUCCAAACCUCAUUACUAACCUGGAGAAUGAACAAUCCAAGCUACUCAGCAAAAAUAUGACCUGUCCAAUCAUGGUGUUGGGAGAGACAGGAUCAGGGAAAUCCUCCUUUAUUAACCUCCUCUUGGGAUGCGAGCUGUUACCUCACUCUCUACUGAGUAACACCAAUACAAUUUGUGAGAUACAGUAUGGAGAAGAUUACAAAGCCUGCUUUCAUCCCAUUGAUAAUGCUGAGUCUAAGAACGAGAUGCCCUUUGGAAGCUUACAAGAUAUGCAGACAGAGCUCAGUGAAAGGAUACAGAAGAAAGGAGAACAAAAGUCUCUCUAUAAAAGGGUGGAAAUUUUUCUACCAAGUGACAUUCUGAAGAGUGGUCUGUUGAUAGUGGACAGUCCAGGAAUCGCUGACACAGGUGAAAUGACCGACAUUGUACUGGAUUAUCUCAUUAAAGCAUGUGCAUUCAUUUACAUAAUCAACAGUGACAAUGCAGGAGGAGUGGCCCCAGACAGGCUACAAUAUCUUUUGAAGAAGGUGGUGGAAAAAGCAUUUCAUGAUGAACAGGAUUACAGAUCAACUUGUGCGAUAUUCAUCUGCAACAAAUGGGACCAAGUACCAUUUGAGGAGAGAGGUAGAGUAUAUCAGGACACGGUCAAAAAGCUGUGUACAGAAUCCACUGGUUGGCCGGGCUGUAAGGAGGAUCAGAUCUUCAGAUUGUCCACAAAGGAAGCCAUGUUUAUACAGCAGACACCAGAAAAAUUCAUUGUGGGUCGCUUUGCUGCUAUUUUACAGAAGAUCAACAGUCUCAUUCCAGAGAGUAGAAACACUUUCCUGUUGAACUCCGCAAGGUUGCUGCAGCAGGUUUUGGAUAAGGCAGCAAUGUCAAUAGAGAGUAGUCUCUCUGAUGUCCAUUUAACUGAAGAGCAGAGGUUGAUCAAAAACAAGGAGACAGUAGAAGAUCUAAGAAAACUAAAGGAAGAUGUUUAUGAAUUCUUUGAAGUAGAAAAAAGGAAUUUUGAUAAAGGCCUAGAAGAUUUGAUCAAAGAACUAAAAAAUCACCUGCAGGAUGAGAAAAAGGUAAAGGAAUUGUGUGAUUUUACAGAGACCAUGAACAUAACUAAUGUCCAGUGGAAAGAGGCAACAAUUAAAGUGCGAAUCAAGCUGUAUGACAGUAUAACAGAGGAAAUUCAGAAGUGGGAGACUGAAAACAAAAAGUUGGAGUUACUUGGUGGUAACAUGGCUAAAAACUUUCAAAGGCAGUUUCCAGACUUUGACUCCAAGUUGUUUAAUUUACAAAAGAGGUAUAUUCAGCAUAACCAGUCAGAGAAUAUAAUUGAUGAGAAAAUUGAGCCAUUUGUGCCUAUUGUUAUUGCAGAAAAAUUUGACAACAUAAACUUAGGACUAAAAGUUUUAGUGGGGAUUUCUUUUUCUCCUGUGUUGUUGAUUGGUGCUCUUGUCCGAUUACCAGUGUGGGGAAUAAGGGAAUUAGCAAGGAAAGUAAAAGGUCAAAUGCUAGAGGCAGACUAUUCCAAGGGUGCUAGAUACUCACUCAGAAAGUAUGCAGAGGGCAUUCUGAAGUCUACAAGUGACCCCAUGAAAAUGAAACCCAUCAUGGAAAAGGAGGUUUCUCAUUUGUUUAAGUAUUUGGAGAAUCAGAGGAGGAAAGUUCUCCAGCAGAUUGACGCAGAACUUACUCUGCUUGACAAGAGGAAAGAAGAGAAACAGACCCGGGAAUUUAUAGUCAAAAACUGUUCUAGUCAGAAAGUCAGGUUCGAAAGAUUUCGCCGAAGGUUGACGUAUUUCUACAAGAUCGAAUUAGCUCCCACUUCCUACGUAUCAUUUUCUGAUUUUAAAGAAGAGAGAGUUCUGUGGCAGGGUUUGUUUGGAGAUGCCUGCAGUGUGGUAUCUAAAGACACCAGUAAAACAGGGGGCCAUGGCGAGGUAGUGGUUGUGAAGAAUUGUUACAGCGUUGAUGAAGUGAACAUCAUGGAACACAUGAGAGUAGAGGAAGCAUAUAGGUCAAACAAAUUUGUUUACAACAUUCCACUCAUUUGCAUGAUUUUAAGAAGCUCUUCAGAACAUCAUUUUAUCUGGCCUGUUCUGUGUCCUAUAAAAUGCAGUCUCCGUGUUUUCAUGGACGAGAAGACAAUUGAGGCUGAUGAGAAGAUACAUACCCUCUAUCCGUUUAUGGAGCAAGUUAUUAGUGGGCUGGACUUCUUACAUACCAAAAAACUAGUCCAUUUAGAUGUGUCUCAAGAUUCUGUCAUGGUUGAUCAAAAUGAUAGAAUAAAGCUCAUCCACAUUACAUAUCCUCAGAGAUUAAAUGCCAGUAAUUUUCCAGAGGAAGCAACAGACCUGGCCAAAUUCAGGUACUUCCACAGAGAUAUUUUGUCUGUACCAUCUCAGACAGAAUACAGUUUUAAGCAUGACAUGUAUGGGGUUGGCCUAAUGAUGUGGGAAGUCUGGAGAGGUCAAAGGGCAUUUCGGGAAGUGAUUGACAGCCUUGAGUCCAAAUCUCUUCAUCAGUUUAUCCGAUUUCUUCAUGAUGACAGAAAUCAACUAAGAUUUGAUGUAGAAGAUGGUUUGGGGAUUCCCCAGGUGAAUUUUUGGAAUGACGGCAUUUUGAGGUGCCAAAGCCUGUCUAUCACUGCCGCAGAAUUACUAGAUUUACUACAUCCCUGUAAAAAUAAGACCAGUGACUAUAAACAUGCCCAGGUACAUAUUUCAAAGCCUCAAUCAAACACUCCAGUGUGAUUCGGGUAGAAACAUGUAAUGUAUAUUGUUAAUGUGUAAUGGUGCAGACAUAUCUUCCUUCCCUUUACUUUUUUACUCUUUCUCUGUACAUAAGAAAAUAUUUUCUUGAUUUUGUAUGACAUGUACUUGUAAAUUGUGAAAAAGAAUGUCACUCCUUACUGUAAGGAAAAAAGUACUGGUCUUUGAGAUAAAAAUUUUGUGGUUUAAAAAAAGUCUUAAAUACUGUAGAUCACUAAAUUUUUGCAACACCUUAUUUUUACAAGAUAGUCAUUGACUAUUAACUUUAUU